AUGAGGUUCACCCCGAGGCCGUCCGCGGCUGUCAUCAGCACCGGUCGCACGCUCGUACGCAGACAGUAUGCUUCCACCUCAACGGAAACUCUGAAGAAGACACCCCUCUACUCUCUCCACCAAGCCCACCAAGCCCAGCUGGUUCCCUUCGCAGACCACCUCCUCCCCCUCCACUACCCAUCCCAAUCCAUCUCCGACUCUCACCGCUGGGUUCGCACCCAUGCCGGGCUGUUCGAUGUAUCGCACAUGGUUCAACACCGUUUCAGCGGGCCCCAGGUGGAAGGGUUUUUGGAGAGGUUGACGCCGGCGGCGGUCAAGGGGUUGAAGGAGGGUGAGGGGGUGUUGAGUGUGUUGAUGAAUGAGCAGGGCGGGAUUCUGGAUGAUUUGGUCGUGUCGAAGAGGGAUGCGGGGGAGUUUUAUGUCGUUACGAAUGGAGCCACUCGAGAGAAAGACCUCGCCCAUAUCAAAGAACAACUCGACAUCUUCGGAAGCAGCGGGGUAGAGCACGAGGUUUACGAGGAACAAGGCCUGAUCGCCCUCCAAGGCCCCUCCGCCGCCGCAAUCCUCGCGAAACACACGACCCACCCCCUCCACACCCUCAAAUUCGGCCACUCCGCCCACAUCCCCAUCAACGGCCACGGCCAUAUCUCCAUCGCCCGCGGCGGCUACACCGGCGAAGACGGUUUCGAGCUCUCCAUCCCCGCCUCCCAAUGCGUCGCCAUCACCGAAUCUUUCUUGGACAGUUCACCCGAUGAACUGAGACUCGCGGGAUUAGCGGCUCGAGACUCGUUGAGGUUGGAGGCGGGGAUGUGUCUUUAUGGACAUGAUUUGGAUGAGACGAUCACGCCGGUUGAGGCUGGGUUGGGGUGGGUUGUCGACAAAACACGCGAUAAUUUCUUAGGUGCGGAGACUGUUCUCGCUCAGUUGAAGGAUAGGAAUUUGGCGACGAAGAGGAGGGUUGGACUUAUUGUUGAGGGUGCCCCGGGGAGGGAGGGUGCGGAGAUCUAUGAGACGGGACAGGACGAGCCAAUUGGGAGGGUGACGUCAGGCUGCCCAUCACCGUCGUUGGAGAAGUUUAUUGCGAUGGGGUAUGUCAAGACCGGAUGCCAGAAGAUCGGGACAGAGUUGUUCGUGAAGGUGAGAGGCAAGAUGAGGCCGGCAAAGGUUACGAAGAUGCCUUUCGUGCCGACGAAGUACUUCAAGUAG